CUUACAACUUCUUCAGUAAGCGACAUAAAACGCUGGCGUGGAUAAAUUCUUCCCACCUUUUUUCCUUCGUUCACUCCUUUCAACCCACAGUACCGUUUUUCUCUCAUUUUCUAAACGAGAUUUACUGCUCUCGUUCUCGCCCCCACACAUUCAUUUCUUGUUGUACAUUUCCCAUAAGGUCGCCAGCUUCGACCCAUUCAUUAACCUCACCUUGUCCUUUGUGGUUGACCUGGAUUUAAGAAGACGACGUCCUUAGUCAACUUCGUCCGUUGUCCUUCCGUCAAACGUCACACGCACACGACUCAACCACAACUAACAAGCAUUGUCCACGGGUGCAAUAUCAGUACUCAUCAAACUCGCAUCAUUCCUUCUGCGUCUUUGAUAGACUGCACGACCUGGUUCCCGUCCGUCUCAUCACCAGUAUCACUGCGCAGAGCGUACUACACCCCGUCGACAAAUUCAUUCAUUUCUCUGACACGAUACUCUCGUCGUCUUACUCUCCUUUGACUGGACUGCUGGCACCUUGACACUCCUUCACCGGAAAUUGUAACAUCAACUCUAGAAAGAAUAAGGGAACAUACAAAUCAUUUACUGUAUCAAAUCAAUCUCACCAAGAACAUAGAAUUUUAGAUCAUCGAAUAUCUCCAAAGGAAUUAUUCAGGAUGCUUUCCAAGGCCACCAUCCUCGCGCUUUGCGCUGCCGCCUCAGUGAAGGAAGUCGCCGCUGGCCCCUUCCACCGCCACGUUCACCCUAAGAGAGCGAUCGUUUGGGCUGAGACCGACACCGUACUUGUCACUGACUAUGUCACGAUGACUGUUACUGCAGGCGAGGAAGGACCCACCGCCGAAGCCGUCCCGACUUCCUCUUCGCCUGAGGUCGCGGCUGAGGCCGAGCCUACCACCUCCCUCAGCAGCUCGACCUCAUCGUUGUCAACCCCGAGCAUUGCGGCUGUUGUGCCCACUCUCCCUAUCUCGAUCCCCACUACCAUCGUCACCGCAGUCAAGUCUUCCUCUUCAUCGGCUGUCGCGACCCCUACUACCAGCUCUACUUUCGUGGCUCCUAUUGUGAACGCUGCCACCUCAAGUGCUGCCCAAUCUUCGACUGCGGCUGUUGCCAGCACCACCUCAUCCGCCGCAGCUGCGUCAUCGUCUGCUGCCUCCACCUCAUCCAGCUCUUCUACGGGCAAGCGAGGUGCUGCGUACAAUGAUGCCAGCCUUGUUAGCACUGUCUUGGGUUUGGGAGGCAAGCUUUCGUGGGCAUACAACUGGACCCCUGACCCCAACGGCCUGGAUGAAAGCAUUAUGUACUACCCUAUGCUUUGGUCCACUGCAGCCGACCACUCUACUGGUUGGGAUACCAAGGCCGAGGCCGCUAUUGCCCGGGGAUCCACCGCCUUCCUCAGCUUCAACGAGCCUGACAUUAGCAGCCAAGCCAACAUGUCGCCUGCGGAUGCCGCUGCCGGACACAAACAGUACUUCUCCAAAUACGUUGGCAAGGUCCAGAUUGGUUCACCUGCUAUUUCAAGCAGUGAGAGCACUGGCCAGGGUAUCGAUUGGCUCAAGCAGUUCUUCACUGCCUGCGACGGCGGAUGCCAGGUCGAUUUCUGUGCCGCUCAUUGGUACGGACCUGGUGGUGCAGACGGUGCUGCUCAAUUCUUGGACCACAUUACGCAGGUGCACGAGGCUUGCGAGAACAAGAACGUCUGGGUUACUGAAUUCGCGGCACAGAGUGGCGAUGUGAACACCUUCGUGCAGACCGUCGUCGACAAGUUGGAAACCGAAGACUACAGCUUCGUCGAGAAGUACUCGUACUUCUGGCUCAGCGAAGGCAGCUUGAUGAACACGACCACGACACUGAGCGAUUUCGGCGAGAUCUUCGCCGGCCUAGCAUAAAUAACCUACUCGGUUUGGGUAGUCCUGCUUCUAUUCUAACACAACUUCUUGUUCCAUGAUUUUAGGGGAGGGCGGCUUCUGCAUCGCGAUGGAUUACCAAAAAUCGGAACUUAAACUUCUUUGUACAUACUUCGGCUGCUAUUAAGUCACCGGUAGAUAUCUGGCAGUAUGGGGUCACCCCCACCAGGAUCUAGUCCGGUUUACAUGGAGGAAAGGCAUUUCAGGAAUCAGGGUAGGAUUCAUGAAGAUACGGGGACACAACGAAAUCAAUGAAAAUCGAGGCGUUUAGCUAAA